CCAAAUACGGUUGACAGCUUCUUCUACGCUCUGGUUGACGGUACCAUUGCAAGCUUCUCUCUUUAGUGCUUCCCAAACUGAAACCAGAAAUUGAUCCCUCAAUUCAUAUUACCUUGGUCUUCCUUGGCGACAAAAAAUGGACAUCCGCGGGUUAUCUUUGGAUGUUAGGAACGUGCUCAAGCAGGCCAGUCUUGUCAGGAAUGAGAAUAACGGCAGAGCACACAAAUUUGACCUUGCGAUUUUGUUUGGGAGGAUUUGGUUUCUUAAAGCUGAGAUCUUUGUCCAUCGGAUCGGCACCCCCUUCAAUACAUCUACAUCUGUUGAGGACUUCAUUAGAUUCCUUAAUGAGGGAUCUAGAUUUCUGCUCAAAUCAUUUGGUGGGCAGUCGGAGGAGAAGUCAGAAAUCCAAACCUUGAAGCUCGUUGAAAGAAUCCCUGGGAUGGUGAAAUUUCACUUCCCGGGAAACAGGGCAAGGGACUUGCUCUAUGGGUUCCUUGUACAGCUCAAGCUCUUCAAGGCAGAUCUGCUCUUAUCGGGGGAAUUAGAAUUACAGAGUGAUAAGGAAGUUAGCCAUUUGAAGAAGAAAAUUGGGAUUCUUAAGGAGGGGUUGAUCCUCUUGAUCAAAUCAGAUGUUAAUCAGCCAAACAAAGAGGAGUAUACAGAGGAUGAGAAGCAGAUCUUGGCAGAUAUUGAAGGACUGGCUGCUGGUGUUACAUUUCUGUGUGAUUCCUGUCCUGCUGACAGUAUGGAACUUCAACUUUCCAAUUUGCAGGGAAAACUUCAGCUUCUGAAAUUAAAGCUCAAAGAUCUUUACUUUCAAAAUCCAGGGUCAAAUUUCCCCAAAACUCCCGGGUUGGGUCCCGUCAACUCCCUCUUGCAAAAACUUGAACAGUUGCCCAUCCACAAGCAUGAAUCUGUGGCAUGUUCAGCCUAUCAAAUUGAAGCAAUUCAUAGGGAUUUGGAGUUCAUAGUUGGGAAUCAGAUUCGCACGGAUACUGCCCGGCUUGUUGAAGUAGCUUACCAGGUGCAUCAUGUUAUCGACUCAAUGUUGAGUGGUAGUGAUCGGGAGUCCCAACAGAUGCUUUGGCUUUUUCAUUUGUCUGAGCAGAUUGUAGCCCUUAAAAUGCUGCAGCAUCCAAUCGACCAUCAAGCAAAAACCACCAAUGAUGUUGAACCCCGAAGAGAUUCAUGUGAACCACAUGGGUUGAGGCCGUCUUUAAUACCAAAGAUGAAUCCCCAAAGCACGGAGGAAUUCAUGGUGGGUUUCGACCAUGAUAAAGCCGUUAUACUUGAAAGGCUAAUGAGAGGAGGAUCGGAGCUUGAAAUCGUCUCUAUCACUGGAGAGCCAGGUAUAGGCAAGACCACUUUAGCUUGUGAUGUAUUCCGCAACCCCAGUAUUAUGAGACACUUCCAUGUUCGUAUUUGGUGCGGACUUUCUUUACGACGUAGUAAUAGAGACUUACUGCAUCACAUGUUAAGUCAAAUUUCCAAGGAGGAUAUGAAUGGGGAUGGAGAUGAAGAUCUAAGUCAGUUGUUGUCGAAACCCUUGAAAGGGAAAAGGUACCUGAUCGUUUUGGACGAUGUGCUGAGUACCGAAGCCUGGAGUGAUUUGUGGAAUUCCUUUCCAGACCACUCCUGUGGUAGUAGAAUUCUGAUGACCAGUCGUUUUUCUAAUGUUCUUCCGAAUCCUUAUUUCCUUUGUGGACUCUCUGAUCAUGAAAGGGGGAAGUUGACAAAGACGGACACAUUUUCUAGGGGCGAGUGCCCUAAAGAACUUUCAGAAACUGGACGGCAAAUUGAUAAAACUCACCUUGCUAUGUCAGAAAGUUGUGAGCGGAAAGAAGUUGAAAGAAACUCACAGAUACAUUACGCUCCCCAGCAAUUGCUUGAUCAUUCGCAUGAUGUUGAAGAGUUGAGACAAUCGGUCCAGCUUCUUCCGCAGAGGACUAAUCAUUUUAUGGUGGGUUUUGAAAGCGAAAAAUCAGAUAUACUUGAUCGGCUUACGAGAGGAACAUCACGUUUAGAAGUUGUCUGUAUCACUGGAAUGCCGGGCAUUGGGAAGACCACUAUGGCUGAAUAUGUGUUCUUCAGUCCUCUAGUUAGGGACCACUUUCAUCAUCUUGUUUGGUGCCAUGUUUCUCAAAAUUACAGGAUGAGGGAAUUAGUACUUCACAUGUCAAAACAGGUCUGCCAUUGGGAUGAUACCCUGGAAUGGGAUGAAAUGGAUAUAGCUUGUUUGUGGAGGAACUUGAGAAGAAAAAGAUACCUGAUUAUUUUGGAUGAUGUAUGGAGUGCUGAAGCCUGGAAAAAUUUGCAGAGUGCAUUCCCAGAUGAUUUAUGCGGCAGUAGAAUUCUGAUGACUAGUCGUCUUUAUAAUGUUGUUCCAAAUCCUUAUACUCUUGGUGGAUUAUCUGAUGAUGAAAGUUGGGAAUUGCUAAAGGCCAAGAUAUUUGGUCAUGGAUGGUGCCCUGAAGAUUUGUUGGAAACCGGAUUGCAAAUUGCUAAAAUUUGCAAAGGACUACCGCUAGCCGUUGUUGCAGUCGCUGAUCUCCUUGCUAAGUCAGAUAAGUACGCAUGGGAAGAAAUUGCAAAGACUGAGAGUCCGCGGAUACUGAAUGAUCUGGUGACACAAAAUAUGGGCAUCUUUGAUUCAAGCUACCAACAUCUUCCAGAUCAUUUAAAAGAGUGCUUCCUUUAUUUUGGAGUAUGUCCUAAGGAUGAGGAAAUUUCAGUUGGAAAGUUAAUAAGCUUAUGGAUUGGCGAAGGGUUUGUGCAUGAUGUGCAGUCCAAGAGCUUGGAAGACGUUGCAGAAGAGUAUCUGAUGAAUCUGAUGGAGAGAAGCUUGGUUAUAGCUACCAAGAAAUCAUCUAACGGUAAGGUAAAAAGAUGUCGAGUACACGGUCAGGUACUUGAUUACUGUUUGUUAAAAGCCAAAGCUGCCAAAUUUAUGCAGCCGAUAUCAGGUACACCUUCUUAUGAUUCGCAUGGUGGUUUUAACUAUGAGCAUCGUCAUUCUUCAGAUUUCGCGAACUCUGACCAGUAUCGACUUCCAAUACAUGGCGAUCCAGAACAAUUUUUUGUAUCGAAGCCUCGUGGCCCGUCUACUCGAUCUAUUCUGUUCUUUCCCACAACAGAAAUGUAUGCAGGGUGCCCCAGUGAUGUAUCAUUCAUCUUCAACAACUUUAAACUUCUUUACGUUUUGGAUUUGGAAUUCAUCAACGUUGGUAAUUCACUGGAACAUGGAAUUGAUUCACUAGUUCAUUUGUGCUAUUUGGCAAUAGGUGGAGAUUCGGACUCGGUUCCAUCAUCUUUGUCCAAACUGCAGAAUCUGGGAACUUUAGUUGUGAGGGGUUUAAUGAAUAAAUUUUUCCUACCCGGUUCUGUUUGGGGGAUGCCAAGGUUACGAAACAUUCACAUUAUCAAUCACUGCAUUUUCACUUUGCAGGAUGGCCAAAAUGGGGACGAAUCCUCUGAGUUAAAAAGCUUAAUGUCACUUUCCAUGCCAUCAUUUCCAUGUGUGGAGGAAACGAAUAGCAUCAUAAAGAGGUUCCCCAAUCUUAGGAAGUUGAAAUGCAUAUUUCUAGAACCAAGAGCUGGUUCUGCUGCGGUAAGCAGCUUCCCUGGAUUGCAAAAUCUGAAUCAGUUGGAGUGCCUCAAGAUAUCAUACUCUGGCAGGGCUCUCCACAAUGUUGGGUGGAACUUGCCCAUAAGUCUGAAGAAGCUGACUCUCUCAAAUUUCCGCUUGCCUUGGACUAAUAUUUCAGAAAUUGGGGAGCUACCCAACCUUGAGGUCCUCAAAUUGGUUUUCAGAGCCUUUCAGGGGCCAAGGUGGGAAAUGGCAGAGGAGAAAUACUUUCCUAAACUCGUAUACUUGAAAUUAGAUUCCCUAGACAUUGUCCACUGGGAAGCCGACAUAGCUUAUUAUCCCUUUCCCUGUCUGGAGCAGCUGAUAUUGCAAAAUUGCAAGCAGCUUAAGGAGCUUCCUUCUUGCUUCGAGGAAAUCUCCACCUUGCAGAGAAUUGAAGUUCGCCGCUGUGGAAUUUCUGCCAAAGAUUCUGUCCGAAGAAUUGUUGAGACACAGGCAGAUUACGGCAACGAGCUUAUCACCAACUUGCGCUCUUGAUUGCGGAUGGAUGUCCCUUCUCUAUUCACAAGUAAGUACUACAUUCAAACCGGAUUGAUCAGUCAGUUUCCAAAACAAAUGUUGCUAUUUUGCCACUUCUUACUCUAAAAUAAAACUACAGAUGGUGCUUGAAUUAAUGUCGUAGGUACAAGAUUCGGGUGUAUGAUCCAGCAAACACUUUUUUGAUUACGUUGAAUCUAUGCGUCUCCUUGUGGUACUGUGUCUUGAUCACUAUCUUUUCUUUUUCAUCUGCAAGAUAGCCCCUUUCCACCUAUGGCAUCGACAUCAAUCUUUCUGACGUCAGUUACACAACUGCAAUCUGAUGGAAGGAAAACAAAGAAGGUUGGAAUAAGCCAUGAGAUUUGGGGUAGCUUCACAAAUCCUAGCAGGAGAAAAUUCCUGCCGUUGGAAUUCAAACGUCCUCUAUUGUUGUAGCAAUUAUAUAUAUGUUCCUUUUGGAUUUUCUUUUACUUCUUGACGAUAUUUGGCUUUGGUAGGAACCAAAUAAUUUCUGGCUCCAUUUCAAAACGAUUUUCCGAUUUAAAACAUAAAGAGUUGGCGAUUUUGAUUCCCU